AUGGCCACACAACCAGUCGAAGAAGGCUCACCGAAACGGGUACGAGAAUCUCCCCAGCAGGAGUUUACGCUCUCACUGGACGAACAACUAAUGCUUUGUCAAAAAUUACAGUAUCAAGAAGCCAAAGACUCACAGAUAUCCAUCUCUCAAGGGUACCGACCCCAAAUUCCGAAGAAACCACAGACAUGCGUUGCACGGAACGAUGAAGGCUCUUAA